UUAUCUGUAUUAUUGUUUUCACACAGAAAUGCGUGUGAAACCUUAUCUGCAUAUUAUCUCCGUUCCAGUUUGUCUCUCCGAUCUCUCUUUAUUCUCUGCAUCUCCCUCUUUCUCCCAGCUCUACAGUACAGUUGGGAGUAUGUCAAGUCCUCCAACGUAUAAAAGGGUGUGAGAUGACAGAAAUUCAAGGAUAUCUUGAUUCCAAGUCAAUUUGAUGAAGGUAAUGUGCCUCUCAUGCCACAGAAAUUCAGAUACACAUGGGAGGCACGUGAUAGCAAUACAACCCUAAAGCAAUCUCAGAUCGAUCGAUCGAUCCCUCUCUCACAUCGCUAUCCCUUCUCUCUCUCUCUCCGCCCCCGAAUUUGAUUCACCCGUAUCGUAUCAGAGGAGGUGAUUGAGGUUGCGAGUUCCGGCUGCGAUGGGAAGCACCUGAUUGAUAUCCUUCUCCUUCUCAUCGUCAUCUCGCUCAUCGAUAUCCUUCUCCCCCAAUUUGAUUCUGCUGCCGCAUUCCUAAAUUAGAAGGAUUUGGCCCAGUUCACCGACAAACGCUUCCAGCCCGUGCACGAUUUGACUAUUGGUGUUGAGUUUGGAGCUAGGAUGAUCAACAUUGAUAACAAACCAAUCCAGAUUCAAAUUUGGGACACGGCUGGUCAAGAGUCAUUCAGAUCCAUUACACGAUCCUACAAUAGAGGAGCUGCUGGCGCUUUGCUUGUCUAUGACAUCACCAGGAGAGAAACUUUUAAUCAAUUGGCUAGCCGGCUUGAGGAUGAGAGGCACCAUGCAAAUGCAAACAUGACCAUAAUGUUAAUUGGUAAUAAGUGUGAUCUUACUCAUAGACGAGCUGUGAGCACAGAGGAAGGGGAGCAAUUUGCAAAGGAACAUGGAUUGAUCUUCAUGGAGGCCUCUGCUAAAACCGCUCAGAAUGUUGAGGAGGCAUUCAUAAAAACCGCUGCAACCAUAUACAAGAUGAUUCAAGAUGGCGUUUUUGAUGUAUCAAAUGAGGUACUACUAAUUGUGCGUUUUCUCCAGCAUGAGUAUCAUCUUGGCCGACCUUUCAACCAAGAAUGUUUUUGAUCCUCAGCAAAUGCGUAUUUCCGUACAGGGAAGUGGUGUUUAUAUAAAGAGGGAAAGAGGUUGCAGCAUCGACCCCAUACACAUUGAUGAUCCCCUUUUUUUUAUUAAUAAUGUGGGACGCAAUUGCUUUUGGAUACAUCAAUGUAUCAAGGUUUUGCACCACUGGGCUUCCUAGUGACGUUGUUGUUGAAGUUGGAGAAAUGUCUUUCCAUCUUCAUAAUUUUCUUUUGCUCUCAAGAUGUGGAGUCAUGGAAAGUUGAUUUCAGAAGCAUCUGAAGAUGGAGAAGAAGCAUGCAAUAUAAACCUCCCUCAUAUUCCUGGUGGGCUAAAACUUUCGAACUGGUAGCCAAGUUCUGCUAUGGGGUGAAACUUGAACUGACUGCAACUGACUGCUUCAAAUGUUGUAUGCCUGCGAUGUGCUGCUGAGCACCUUGAAAGGACUGAAGAGUGUGGGAGGUAAUUUGUCCUUGUCUUCAGAGGAGAGUUGUCUGCCCAUCGCUACCAUCGUUUUCUGCAUUAGUUAUAUCCAGGCUUGAAGAGGAUUGAGCUCUGUGCAGUUGGAACCAAAAUCGAUGAUACCAGCUCUGUUGGCAUCAAAUAUGGUCUCGAUUAUUGUUAUUUUCGAGCACUAGCUUUUUGUUGAUAGUUUGUUACUUUUCUUGCUGUUACUAAUGUUCUUGUCUCUGACAUGUCUAGCUGCCAUAUUUUAUUUUAUUUUUUUUAUCGGAAUCUUGCUGCCAUGUUGAAUGGAAAUUUUUUGGAGAUGUCAGAAAUUCCAAAGUUUUUCCUAGCAUCGCUUUAUUUUAAUUUUUGGUGGUUACUGACUAUGGCUUGCUGGAUACAUCUUAAUAGGGGAGCCAAAGAGGGCAGGUAGAUGGGACAUGUUCCUGUUUACUGACUAUGGCUUGCUGCUUUAUUUUAAUUUUUGGUGGUUACUGACUAUGGCUUGCUGGAUACAUCUUAAUAGGGGAGCCAAAGAGGGCAGGUAGAUGGGACAUGUUCCUGUUUAAUUGUUGUUCAAGACCACCUCAAUUACAAGCUCAAUCCUAGUAUAUCCAUAUAUAGAAUUUCUUAAUCUUGUUGUCAAUCUAUUCCUUACAUGGAAAUAGAAAUUGUGUGAGAGCUCCUUGGAGAAAUCAAGUUUAAAUUACUUUCAUUGUAUAGAACUAGUGUAUAAAUUACUUCUGAUUAUAGAUAUGUAUAAACUCAACCUAAUAGUUUGACCA